GCGCAAAUCAGUCCCGGCCUAACAUAAAAACUUUCUUUACUCUUCUGUGUUUUCCAGCCGAAAAAAAAUGCAUUUUUGAGGUUUCCCAUUGAUAUAGUAUGGAACUUGAGUCGUAUUGCAGACCUAAGCGUUCCAGAGAGAGUUCUGCAGACAGCAAUAAUGGGGAGAAAGUUCAGCACAAAUUUAAAGAGCACUCAGAUCAAAGAACACAAAAAGACCAGUGGAUCUGUAGAUGAACUUAAGAAGGCUGCUCUACAAAUGGUGCAUGAUAACUUCAGUUUUGAGGGCAUAUUGAGGGAGAGUGAAGAUCCAUGGGAUGAAAAUUCAAAGUUUAAACUGUGCUCUUCUCUUAGCGUCGAAAGUUGCUUCAGUGUGCUAAAAUGUCAAGCCUCUAAGGCAGCUUGCCCUUUAGAAUUAUUGACUGCAGAAAGGUUGAGUGGAAGGCUUAUUGCUGUUUGCAAUUCCUCUGAACAACUCUUAACAAAGAAACAACUGGAAUCCAUUAUGGCUGUUUUGGAGUUGAUAAAGAAGAUGUUGUCAGAACAGUGUUUCAACAGAGUGUACUUCACGAAACAUUUGACCAACAAGGGUCCCACCACUCCAUUGGAAGUUGUCUGGAUGCUUCAUAAAAACUUCAUAGUUUCCUUCAACACAUAUUUAGCAUGUUGUUUGAAUCACAGCGAGACAGUUGAUGCACUCUCUAAUGGACUUAUAGCACUUUGUUUAAACAUAAUGGAUGUAGAAAAGCAAGAAAUUAUUUUAUCAGAUCUUUUGGUACGAUUGCUUAUAUUUUCCUUUCCUGAAAGCAAAAUAAGAGAAGGAUCUAACAGUACCUUAGAAAAGGUUUCACAAGAAAUUUUGGAUAUUGUUGUGGAUAGGAGUGAUUUUUCAGUUUGCAAGCAAGUUGAAAACAUUUCUUCAGAACAAGAUAGCUCAAACAGGUUUCUUGUCUUUGAGAUUAUUAGAAAGCUGAAUGAUGUUCCCUGGACCACUAUAAAAAAGUUUUUCUCGAGGCAGCUCUCUAGGUUUUUUACAUUGCAAACAGAUGUUGAGAAAACAGUGCUACAUUCUGCCUUUUGUAAACAAAAGAAAUUGAAGUUCUCAUUAUUGGGUGAAGCAAUGAAAAGAGUGUUUGAACAAUUUCUUUUGGUCUUUGAUCCAGUGUAUGUGAUGGAAUCACUGAAGAAUGCUUUCUUUAAGGACAAGGUUAAUGUAGAAGGAAUCCUUGCCUUUCUGUCAGUGUUUGUGGUCCUUGUGAAGGAGGCUGCUGGCAUGCUAGAGGGUUAUGUCCGUGAUUUGGUGAAGGAUGCACUGAAUAACAAUGACAGUUCUACCCUGAGCAUUGCAUUCUUGGUGAUUAGGCAAGUUACACUGCAAGGAGGCCAUGUGUCUCAGCCUUAUGUUUCUUGGUUCCAAGUUCAUAUUAUCAAAGCUCCUCAAGUACCAGCAAAGCUGCGUGAACUUGUCACUGACUAUGUGUCUCUGGCCAAGACCAGACUCAUGGACUUAAAGGAGCCUGUAGAACUAAUGGGGAUGUAUGGGAAUAGAACAGAAACACCAGGAACAGAAGUGAAAAGUGAACAUACGAAGCAACUUGAACAAGCUUCCUCAGAUGUUGAAAAAGUUAUCGAGUCAUUUGAGAAGUCUGGGAAAGUACCGAGUUCUGUUAUGGAGGCAAGCAUUUUUAGAAAACCUUAUUUCAUUGGAAGAUUUUUGCCAGCACUGCUAACUCCAAGAAAGCUUCCUGAGGAACCAGAUGGAAGAGCUCAGCUCAUUGAAGUAUUAAGCAGAGCUGGUAAAAUCCCAAAGAAUAUGCUGAGUGCCUAUCAGUCAGCCUGUGAGAAGAUCACCAUUGAACAGAUUGAAGUGAGUUCGUCAGAAGACGAAGGAACUUUAAGUGGCAUGGAAAAACUUGUGAAAUCUUUAGAGAAAUUUACCAAGCUCGUCACUGAGUCAUUGAAAGGAACCAAUGUAUCCAGACACUCAGGGGGAAUUUCGUCUCAGUUGUCAAUCAUCUUGGGAACGUUACACUCAAUGAUUGAUUUAAGAAAAGAAACACAGUCACUCAAUCAGCUUGUCGAGCUAGAUGUCAGCAAAUCAGAAGUAACUAGUGCUGAUCCGGUUGUUGAUACUUUGCUGGAUCCAUUUUGCCAAACAUGCUCUGCUGUAAACAAUCACGGAUCGGAAUCGUUGGAUCCAUGUAAGAGGUAUAACUGGGCCUCUCACUUUGUAGCAAUGUUUACAUCAAUAACACCGCUUCACAAUAACCUUUAUGGUCAGUUAUGGAGGAAAUGUUGCCACGAGGGUUCGUCGGCAACGAUUGAAGAAACACAUGGUUUAGCUGUGUUUUUGUCUUAUUUGUGUACAAACCAAAAGACUUCACCUCCAGUCCUUCUUCAAGGAGUUACACAUUGUGUUGGAAGGAACGCACCCGAGAUCACAACGAUUUGUUCCUCUUUCAAUUCGCUCUGUGAACACAUUCCAAUCUGCACAAGGCGUUGGAUGUACUUUUUUCUGAGAUUUUCAUGCUCUUAUGUGCAGCAUACUUUGGAAGUUUUCACCUCGAAUACGACAGGAUUAGACGGUAACACUGGAGAAUCUACUGGCUACCUGUCUGUUGUCAUGCUGCAAAAGAUGUUCUACCUUUUUCAUCGCCUCAAUGUUCAAGGACAGACGCCUUUCUUUAAACCAACACUUGAUUUAGAUCUUUUAUCUAUUGUGAAGAACCUGUGCUCAUUACAAAAGUUUCAGGAAGUGCGUAAAAAAGGAGGAGAGUUGUGUUUUUCUAAGUGGUGUAUGUUGGAACUCAGCAUCUCUGCCAGGGAUGAUUUUCUUCCUGAAAGUGACAGGUGCAUUUACCACCAGUAUAGAGUAUUGGACCACUUUCUUCCCCAGGGAUCCCUGCACGGUGGCUGUGAUGGCUGUGCAAGGAAAGCGUGUUCCGUUAUUUUUCAUGCUCUGCUCGACUCUGAACGCAGGUUUACACAACAACAAAAUGAUGUUGACAUCAGUCGAAAAGACAUGAUUCAUUUAUUACAGGAACUCGUACCAAUGCUGUCCCAGCACUCAAAUGACAACACUUUACAUCAGUCAGAGAAGUGGCCCAGAUCUUGGCUGCUCGAACAGUUCAACUCCAG